CAGCACUUGAAGGCAGCUGGUGUAAUCUGGUCUAAUCUGGGCAGGGACGUCAGCAGAUGAGAGAUGACAUCUGUGGAUACUCGCUUUACUGUUCAAGUGAAAUAAACGCAUGGCUGUCAUUUUGUGAGACAAAAUGUCUAUAACAACUUGCCAGAAGGUUACUCUUAUAUCAUGCUCUGUUCUCUGUGUUUCUCUCUUCCUGCCCAGAAUGCUUUUACCCAGAGGGAAAAAGGAGAUGGGUCGGCCCGAGGGUAAGGCGGCUUAUCAGAUCAUCAUUCAUCCAUCCAUCCAUCUCCAUCCCGCUCCAUCUCCUGUGUCUUUUUUUUUUGGACCCGGGUUCUACCCUCCUGUGAUGAACCAGCUGUCUCUACCAGAGAACCCGAAGCACUGGGACGUGGACCCUUUAUACUCCAUGACUCACAGUGCUGAGGUCAUGGCCAAAGUGAAAGGCGUCCGAGGCGGCAAAAAGUACAACCUGAUGGCUCAAGUGAUACCCAUAUAUGGCUUUGGGAUACUUCUUUACAUCCUAUAUAUAAUCCAUAAGCUGACAUGCAGGGGGAACACUGCUAAAUCAGGACACUACAGUACGGUAACCAAGGCGAACAUGGAGAAUGAGAUUCCACCUGAUUAUGAGCUGGUCCGGCUUCAAGAGAGACUUCGGCGCACAGAAAUGAUGAUGGAGAGAAUCGUCUCUGCAAAGAGCCAAAGUUCUGGCAGUGGCAGGAGGCGGAAGAGUAAAACUUCAAUAUCAAAGAAGGAGGAGAAAUUGCUGAAGCAACUGAAGCAGAUCACACUGCUGAUACAAGAGGGCCGGAUGGAGGCGGCCUCCCCAGAGAUGGAGGCCGAGGAGGUCCCUUACUGUCUAGACUGGGAAGGCUACCCAGAGGAGACCUACCCAGUGUAUGACGAGCCCUAUAAAAGACGUGGAUUUGACAUGUUCACGCUGGAGGAACCCCCCGACCAGCCCACGGCCGAGGCCCUGGCAGAGAGGAUGCUGCAGGAGGAGGAAGAACUGACGGCGAGGAAACUAUCGAUAGUGGAAGAGGUGGAUGAAGAGGCAGAGGAAGAGGUGGAGGAGGACAGAGAGGAGGGGGAUAAAGAGGAAGAAGUGGAGGAAGAGGUAGAAGAGGAGGAGGAGGAGGAGGAAGAAGAAGAGGUGGAAAUGGAGGAGGAGGAGGAUGAGGGGACAGAGGUGGAAGAGGAGGAGGAAGGAGAUGAAGAUGAUCCAGUGAUGGAGGCGGAGAGCCUGCUGUUCAGCUGUGAGGGCUGUCCCAACCCGGAGGAGGAGGCCGAGGAGGAUAAAGAGGAGUAUCAGUUCAUGUCGGAGCCUGUAGAAGACGAAGGCUCCAUCCAGGCAGACGUGCCCAAAGAAGUGGGAGCGAGUGGGCUGAGGAUGAGGAACAGGAGGGAGACGUGAAGGACUUUCUUCUCCAGUUACUGUAGCUAAAAAUAGUUUUUAAACAUGCAGUGAACUUCCUUAAAAUGUACUUAAUUAAUUUGAAUUAAUUAAUAAAAGUAAUUAUUAUAUAUAUUUCUGAUCCUGUAUAUGUGUCAAAUAAAGAACACAAG